AUGACUCUCACGAAGAAUGCCCACCGAUAUUUAGAGAGUAGGCCCCGACAGAGAGGCCUUACUCCCGUAAGAUGUGUUGGGUUGCCCUCGCAAAAAGGACCAAAUGCUGGGAUACCAUUCAUCCCAAUACCUAGUGUUGUUCUCACAAGAAUAAACAACAUACUACCCGCCAUUAGUGUUAAUGAUGUCGGUGCAGACGAUACAGGCCCUGUUGACUCUAGCGAACCAUGUUCAUCUGGUUCUGGGCCCUGUAUUGUCAUACCAGAUACUGCAGGACCGACGCCACCAGUUCCCCAUACAUGUGUGGACAUUAAUGGCGUACGUCGUGUCCCGAUGGGCAAGGGCAAUGCCAAAACUCGGCUCAGGAAGGCGACGGUACCUAAGAGGCGUAGUGGAAUCACUGUUCCACGGGUCCCGCCGCCACCCGAGACUGACCCGAGACGUAGCAAGCGCAAAAACCAAGUGCUGAAGGACAUUAAGUACCUCCAGAAGACCACCCACACCCUUAUUAAGAAGUUGCCGUUCCAGAGAUUGGUCCGCGAAAUCGCCCCACAGUUUAUGGUCGGUGUCCGCUUCCAAUCAGCGGCUAUCGGUGCAUUACAGGCCACUAUUGAGGGCUACAUAACAGACUUGUUUACCGACGCGGGCCUCCUAGCGAAACACGCGGGCCGAGCUAUAGCGAUCGCACAGAGGUCAGAUAAGCACUUGUGCGUGACCUAUAAUCUGAGCCUUGGACUUAUAAUCAUAGACAACGAGAUGUGUGUUUUCCGAUUGACAUCUGAAAGCGGCCUCGAGCAGAUAGCAUACUUUGGACAUAAAAUAGACAAAGCUAUUCAUCUUGACAACGAACAGUCAAAUGGAACCGCUGUUUAUUUUUGCGUUACGAAGAAUAAUCGAAUAGCUGUUAUUUGUAUAACAGAGACCAGUGACCGAACCCUCAAGCUGCACACACUAUUCAAUACAACUAUUGAUCACAAUAGCAUGACAAGUAUGACGGCCGCAUCUGAAUCGUUUGUAUUCGUAUCAUUAGAGGACGACAAAUCAUGCAUGACAAGUAUGACGGCCGCAUCUGAAUCGUUUGUAUUCGUGUCAUUAGAGGGCGACAAAUCAUGAUGUCGGUAUUUGUACGAGAGCUGA